UGGCCCUAGGCGCGGUGUCUGCAAUCACUACUACCGCCAAGAGCGCCCCGCUAACCGACCGGGAGAUUGAAGCGGUGACCAAGACGCUAGAAGCGGUCUCAGGGGUCUCCGGAAAGAGCAAAGACUCUGCAACGGACUUCCUCAGUGUGUGUGGAGACCUCCUCAGCAGAAAUUACACCGACUUGCUGAUGUCUUCCGAUACGGUCGGGAACGAUUCAACCUCGACAUCCUUUCUCGACAACUUGCUCAGUGCGGUCGACAACUUGGCUGUGUCGGUCACCGAAAAUCUGUUGGAUGAGAACACGACGGAAGUCCUCAUCGCCAACGCCAACUUAGUUCUGCAGUGCUGGUCAGACUUCAGUGACAAAAUCAAAGGAAACAAGGUGGAGCUGACUCCUGAAUCCAGCAAGAAUCUCUUCUCCCUUCCUGUGUCGUCUCUUCUGGGCAGAGAAGUCAGGGCCAGCGCUGUCGUCUUCAAAACCCUACACAAUGCGAUCACCACCGACGUAGAAGGUCAGAGUUCGUCCAGAAAUGUGACUGUGGGGUCAGAGGUCGUGUCGCUAACUGUGACCCAGAAGGAUGGUUCGAGUGUUCCACUUAGCGGGGAAGAUCCAGUAGUUAUGAAAUUCCAGCUCGAACAGGAUAAAUCUUCGGAACAAGAGGCAAAAUGUUGCUUUUGGAAGUUCCAAAAUAGUGGCGGUUUAUGGUCAACCGAUGGCUGUGUAGUCAACGAAUCGUUAACCAACGCGACCACAUGCCACUGUAGUCAUCUCACUAACUUUGCCGUCUUGCUGCAGCUUAAGGAAACGGUGUUGCCAGCAGCGCAUUCGACAGCCCUCGAGGUCUUGACUUACAUUGGAACCAUCUCGUCCAUAGCUACACUUGUGUUUUCCAUCGCUUUAUUCUGCUUUUUGAGGUUGUUGAAAUCCCAGCGGGUUAUCAUCCACGUCAACCUGGCGGCCUCACUGGCCUCCGCUCAGUUGCUGUACCUGACUGGCAUUGAUGCUACGUCAAAUCAGGGAGGCUGCAGAGCUAUCGCGGUCCUUUUGCAUUAUCUCUUCACUGCUUCCUUCCUUUGGAUGUUCAUGGAGGGGGUUCAUCUCUACAUCAAGUCCGUAGCUGUCUUUGGAAAGGGACUGCGAUCCUGGAUGUACAUGGCCAUUGGAUGGGGAACACCAUUGCUGAUAGUCGGCGUUGCUCUAGCUGUCCGAUUUGAUGGUUACGGCGCGGGAUCGAGCUGUUGGCUAUCGCACGACAGUGGCCUCAUCUACGCGUUCGUAACUCCGGUGGUGGUCGUCGUGGCGUUGAACACACUCAUACUGGUGAUGGUGAUUCGAGUGUUCAUGGCACUAAAGGCAAAUGUCGACAAGACGGAGAAGGAAAAAAUCAGGGCUGGUAUUCGGGCGGUGCUUCUGUUGCAGCCCCUCAUGGGUUUCACCUGGGUCUUCGGUCUCUUCUCCUCCUGGGAUGAGACGCUGUUCUUUACUUACCUAUUCGUCAUCUUCAACUCAUCCCAGGGAAUCUUUAUUUUCCUUCUGCACUGCGCUGGAGAUUAUGAGGUGCGUAAAGCCUUCAGAAAGUUCCGCGGUCGCCGCACCGCGCCUUCCCCGUCCACUGAUUACUCGUUGGCCAACCAGUCCAGGCUGACCCGGAAGCAGACGAUGCCGAGCAUGACCACAGCCGUCGAUCUAGCGCCCUCUAUGCCGGGGAUGGGGAAGGAGGCGCAUUCGCUGCCAACAGAAAGGAAGGAGCGCCAUUUAACCAGCACGGAUUUGAACAAUAUACGACUGAAGAGAAGAGAGCCAAGCAAGGUAUCGCUCCCUUCCAAAGAAGCCUGGACCAAAGACAGCGUCGAAACCGUCGAGGCGACUGGAAAUAAGUCUAAUAAUUACAUAGUCGAGGAUGGAGCAACUGUCCAAGGCAUGCCGGACGUCAAAACGGAUUAAUUUGAAGAAACGUGUAGUUGAGUAUCUGACAUUUGGAACAAAGAUACGCGUGACCGCAAUAUGCAGCAUUCUGCAUCGUAACGACACCAAAUGUUUCCAAGAGACUGGAAAUUGAAGGAUGCCUUAAUUGUUGAUACCUAUAUAAGUAAAAUUGUAUUAAAAAAGUAAGUAAAUUUAAAAUAAUUAUACUGAUAGCCAGAGCACACUGAUCCAAACGUCGACCUCACAAAUCCUAUCUUCAAGAGCCUACCUCUCUUUUGCAGUUUAUGCGUAUGGUGUGCUGAGCAUUUUUCUCAUCAUACAAACUUCCAUUCUAUACAGCAAUCGAACUGUCAAGAGUUCGGUACUUAUGCUCUCUACGGCUUACUUCCUCCCUGGCAAAUCAUUACAUAGACACAGACACAAGAUAUCUCCGUACGCGAAUCCCUCUCUCUUUUCUGAAGGUUAGAAACUUCGGGGCGGAUCAAGAGGAGGGGAUAGGCGGGUCCGUAGCCACCAAAAUGGAGACACAAAAUUUUGAAAAAAAUUGAAAUAACAGAAAGGCGAUUUUGCUCGAUUUUAUAUUAUCUUCCUUCUCCGAAUCGUGUAAGAAUCCCUCAACUUAGCUUUAUCCCCAAGAACGGCUCUGAAAGGUCACAUAAAAAUACAACCAGAUUUCUGCCCCCGAAGGAAAUUUGCCUCAGAAUAUGUGCUCUCUAUCCGUCCUUGUACAACAUCCAUAUCUAGACAUCAACUCUUAUACAUCCCUCGUAACUGUACUAAUGUACUACCCAGACUUGUUCAGAUAUUUUCGUAUGUCUUCUGUGCCCAUAAAAUAUAAUUUUCGAGGAUAUUUAUUAGCAAAGAGUUAUAUUGUUGACUUAAUGUAAAUUACGAAAGUUGUCUUGGCGUAUUAUAAUUGUGUGCUGGUAGGACGGAAGGGCUUGUACAUUACAAUCGAAAUACAACUAACUUACCUUUGUUAAAACUCAAUAACUAACCCAUAGAAAAAAAUAUGAUAAGAAAUUGGAGUCCUCUGAUAAGUCUUAGGGGAUGGUCCUUGUUCAGACACUUGUUUUAGACAAUAAAUUUCCCUUUAACAAGUGUCAUUUUACCAAGUGUGACUUUAACACAAUUUCGAGAAUUAAGUCAAGGGCCAGUUAUUUUGGAAUAAAUGGUGUUUG